UCCUGGACAGGACUUGUGCUUUGUGAGUUGCUGACACCAGCCUCGACCUUUUCCACUUGAUGGCCAGCACAUCGUUGCCCCCAGGCUGAUCGAUUAUUCAUGUCACCUUGGUCGAUAGGUGCCUGUCAACUCCAAUCCCUUCAUCGCCCUACCUUGGGAUCUUGUUCACCAUGCGCGUUCCACUGUUCAAACGCCUUGUCAUCACAUGCUGCAACAUUCUUUUCCCGCCUUUGGCCGUCCUACUUCUCUGCGGCCCCAAUGAGGAUUUCGUCUUCAACUGUGUCAUGUUCUUGUUGGCGAUCAUCCCAAGCCACAUCCACGGCUUCUAUAUCUCGCUGACGUACUUCAACCGCAAACGGAAAGUGCGCAAGGGGGUGUAUCCGGGCAAACCGAAGCACUUAAUCUGGAGCGAGAGGGUCAACAAUGGAGGCGCGAGUUGGAAAGAAGUGGACCAAUUGAGACGCAUGCAGGAAGGCGACAGAGCCAGCAGGAGGAUCAGUCGAAGGACCACCGGUGUAUCGGGAGACCCCCAGAGAAGUGACAGUAGAAGGAAUAGGGUUGGGGACUGGGAUGAUGGUUACAAGGAAUACGACGUCAGUCCGCAGAUGACAAGGAUGACCACGAGAAGGAGUGCUAGAAGUGCAAGUCGGAGAAAUCAACGGCCAGAGAGAUACUUGGAGGAUGAGCACUAGUACAGGUGCGGCCAGAAGCACCAUUGCCCACAAACACAUACCUCGACAUCUCGCCCGUUGUCAAUUGUUGAAUGCAGACAAGACGGACCUGGGCGGCAGACCUGUUUCCAGGAAAAGUGGCACAGUCUGACCGCUGUAGCUGGUCAGGUUCAAGGGGUUGCCAUUCAUAUUGUCAUCGGGAAGUCCUUGACACACAACGAUAGAGUGUUAACCUUUGACGGCGAGGAGACCAUCGGUUCUGUCGUAUAGUCAUACCAAUAUGGAGGGAAGGC